AUGCUAAACUUCAUAAAGAGCUCUUCUCCGGUCUUAGCAUGUUCCCGGGUAGCUGAACUUCUUUCAUCUCUCGGGAUCGAUCUCAACCUCCUAUUCACCCCUCUACAACCUUACUUGUCGUGUUUCUUCUUAUCAGUACUAGGGUCUCGUUUCUUAUCAUCAGUGAGUCCUCGUUUCUUCUUAUCAGUAUCAGAUUUCAUCUUGGUGAGGGGCCAGAUUGACGAGACCUGUGAGACUUCUGAGAUUGCUCCAUGUUCCCUGUGUGGCUGUGUGAGGAUACAGAGAUUAAUGGCUGCGAUAGGGGUUAGCAAAGCUCCUUAUUUCUUCUCUACCAGACAGGUCACUCAACUUACCCUGGUUCACCUUUGGGACCAGAUACUUAUCAUGAAUAUCGAAUCUUACUUGUCCAAGAUUACGAGCCAAUGUGUCACAAUUCAAAUGCUUGGGAGACUUGCAGAGGUAGGAACCGCUGUGAAGCUUUCCGCUCUAAAACCCAAACUGGAGGUGCCGCCUUCAGCCGCUUGCUUGUUCUGGUGCCCAUUGUUUCUUGUUCUAAAAGAUUUGGAUUUGUUUCUUGUUCUGGUGCCUUCAGCCGCUUGCUUGUUUAAGAGUCUUGACAAAAGUUGUUUAGGUCCUUUGAGGAAAGCUUAUUGCAGCUCUCUUAAUCUACUUUUAAAGCAUGAGGAUCAAGUUCCAGAGAAUGAUGUCAAAGGAAUUUCUAAGGAUAAACCACUGAUCCACCGGGAGCAGGAAAAACACAAACAAUUCUUGGGCUUCUUAGUGCCAUAUUACAAACCAGCUGAGUAUAUAAGUCUCUUAGUAACUUAUGCAGGUAACAAUCUUGUUGAAAGGACUUAUGAAUCAGAUAUUAAUGGUAACAAGUUUAACACUCGAGUCCAUACGAUUAGAUGUUAA